UGUCCCGUGCCCCGGGCAGCGAAUCGGUUAACGGUGUGGGGUGGGAGGGUGGCUGAGGUGCGAUCCCACCCCCGGGGCCGGCCCGGGGGGGGCUUAUAAAGGUGGGCACGGGCGGCCCCCGGGGAGGGGAGCGGGGCCGUGGAGGGCGGCAGCGGGGCCAGGCCAUGCGGGAGCUGCGCUCGUCCGCCUUCUGGAGGGCCGUGCUGGCCGAGUUCCUGGGCAGCCUCCUCUAUGCCCUGCUGGGGCUGGGGGCCUCCCUGCGCUGGGCCCCGGGCCCCCCCAGCGUUGUGGGGUCCGCCUUGGCCUUCGGGCUGGCCCAGAGCACGCUGGUGCAGGCGUUGGGCAAUGUCAGCGGGGGUCACGUCAACCCGGCCAUCACGCUGGCCUUCCUGAUGGCCUCGCAGCUCUCCCUGCCCCGUGCCCUGGGUUACCUGCUGGCCCAGGUGUUGGGAAUGCUGGCCGGAGCUGGGGUGCUCUAUGGGGUGACCCCCGGCCCCGUCCGUGGCACCCUCGGCCUCAGCGCGCUGCACCCCGGCGUGGGCCCGGGCCAGGGCACGGUGGUGGAGCUGCUCCUGACCGCCCAGUUCGUCCUCUGCGUCUUCGCCAGCUUCGACGACCGUCACGACGGGCGCCCGGCCAUGGCCGCCGUGCCCGUCGGCUUCUCCCUCGCCCUCGGUCACCUCUUCGGGAUCCACUACACGGGCGCCAGCAUGAACCCCGCUCGCUCCUUCGCCCCCGCCGUCAUCACCCGCAACUUCGCCAACCACUGGGUGUACUGGGCGGGCCCGCUGCUGGGCGCGGCGCUGGGCGCGGUGCUCUACGAGUUCGCGCUGUGCCCGCGGCCGCGCAGCUUGGCCGAGCGCCUGGCCGCCCUCAAGGGAGAGCCGCCCGCCCCCACCGCCGUCACCGCCGCCGCCGCCACCGCCGAGCCGCCGCCCGAGCCGCCGGCAGAGCCGCUGGAGCUGAAGACGCAGGGGCUGUAA